UUUAUCAAGACCGUUCUAAAACACACCCACAUAAACGGAAAAGUUUGCUUCGCCAUGCAACAUACUAACUCCUUCCAAUGGAACACGACUUCAUUAAAGAACAACACGAUGCAGCCUCAAAGCGGUCCUACCCUUUUGGAAUGGAAUAUUCGAGUCAGUAUUGAUGUUUUGAUAUCGAUAACCUCGUUCGUUGGGAACUCACUCGUUCUCUUCGUGAUUUACACCCGGAAAAAAUAUCAGAGGACUCCGUUUGAAAUAUUGGUAGCGAAUCUCAGCAUUACUGAUCUUUUGUCGAUCUCUAUUUAUUUGACAUUUAGUUACUUCUUGAAGACCACUUCGAAUUUCACCUGCAAGUUUGGCACAUCUUUCUACACAUGUCUUCUAAUGCUAAGUAUGUAUCUGAUGACGGCCAUCGCCAUGUUUCGAUGUAGGUCUAUUCUCUAUCCAUUCAAGCGAAGACCAUCAAUUAAGUUUACUUACUGUGUGACUGCAGGACUGUGGAUCUUCGCCAAUGCCUUUAUAUCACCCGUCUAUGUAGUUACCAUAUGGGACAGGAAUACAGGAUCCUGCAUUGAAAUCUGGCCAUCUCAGAUCUAUAAUAGAGUAUAUACUAUAAGUCUGUUCGUGGUGCAGUAUGUCAUUCCAUUAACUAUAAUAACAGCUUCGUACAUCAAGAUUGUUUCAUACCUCAAACAACACAAACCUCCUCAGAUUGACUGCAACAAAAACCACUCCCUGAUGUUGAAGCGACGAAGAGAUAUCGAAGUGAUCAAGACUUCGGCAACUAUUGUCACACUGUACACAGUUCUGACUCUACCCGGUCAAAUAGCGUGGAUAAGUGGAGUAGUUUUUCAAAAUUACGAGAUCUCCAUGUUAAUUCUUAAGUUUUCAACUCAUUUACAGUUGCUUCAUAACUGUUGCAAUCCGUUCGUUUAUGGCACAAUUUCGCGCGAAUUUCGUUCGCAACUCACUAAAGCUGCAUGUGAUAUUAUAAACUGGAUUUUUAGGAGAAAUUCAGUUCGGACUGUGGCAGUGCACAGAGAACAAGGAUACAUGAAUAAGUCUUUAGAAGAGUUGGAGAUAAACGAUGUGAUUUUAACAAGCGUGCAAAGCAAGCGUUCAAAGCAAGACGAUAACCCAACUCAUAAAGCAAAUUAG